AUGACUCUUGUCAUUUUAUAUGUGAUAUGCAUAUUCGCCAUUACUUCAGCCUAUAGAACCACUCGAAUUUAUCAUUAUAAUGGACGAAGUUACAAAGAAAUUAUUGAUCAGCCAUGGUUUCGCUAUUUCCACGUACCUCAUUAUAUGAUCCCGGUCACAGAGGUGAAUGAGACAAAUUUUGGCAAGCAUGAACUUCCUGAAGAUGAUGUUUACGUGGAACAUGACUGGACAGAUGAGGAAACGAAGUAUCUGCCUUGUAUGGAUCUACUCUGUGUGUGUCCGUACUAUGGAGGUAUGGGUGCUGUGUUAGAGGGCAGCUUAGAGUGCUCGAUUGGAUUCAACUCUGCUUAUGAUGUGAUUGCGUACUUCACACCAACUCUAGCAAACACUACGUCUGGAUUUGCUUGUCCCAUUCCCUACCCUCCAUACUCUGUGUUGAAUUGGAAAAGCGAAUUAUUAACUGCUUAA